AUGGCCCCUUCCAAACAAUCAGACGCCCUUGCAACCUUAAAGACUACCAUACUGAACCUCAAGACCCUCCUUCACCGCUUCCAUGCCGCUCUCCAAUCUCCAACGCCUGUCCACCCACCCAUCGAAGACUCUCCGAAUCCUCUCGCGCUCCUCUCCGAUGCUUCUCAGAUCCUCAAAGCGCAAACUACGAAGCUUUCUCUCCUAAUCCUCAACAAGCCGUUCACGGCGUCCGCCAUAGUUCUUCAUCUUGAACUCUCUGUCCAACAGCUGCCUCCCAGCGAUGAUGAGCGCACUCGAGCUCUGCCCUGCAGAAGAAUACACCAACCUUCUACACCAGAUGAGCACGGCAUCGAAAAGACUGGGAGUAGAGAUAUUUUGGCUUCUACUGGCGUGCUAUGGGCAGAAUGCGACAAGGUGGUUGCCCUUGGCUCGGGUGGCCUUACGAGGCUUGCAGCGGAGAGGAUUGAAGAGUUUCAUGGCUUGUUAAAGGACGCCAUCGCGGAGCUGGAGGAGUGGGAUCCAGACGAGGAGUCUGAAUCAGAUACAGACUCCCUGACCUCCAACAAGGGGACCACAUCAUCCGCUCGGCCGGUCGAUGCUUCUCUCGAGAAAUCGCUCCAAGGCCUCACUCUUUCACCCGUUGCUGCCCUCCGGAAACGCACCCUCGUUAUCCUCCGCAUAAUCCGUUUGCUUUACCCUGCGCUGAUCAAACGCCGGAUCUUGACAUUUUCCAAUAUUAACAGCUCUACUACGUCGGAGAGCCUUCCUACAUCAUUGCAUAUACAAAGUCUAGAUGCACUACUCGACCACACCAAGCAAUUUACGGAGGAAACGGACGAGAUCGCUGGAGCUCUGUACGCUGGUGAUGAGGAGGAAGUGGAGGAUCGGUUGGGGAACCUUGCGGAAAUCUCGAAGAUUUGUGUGGAAGAAGUACGGAUUGACUGGGGUGGGAAUGAGGACGAAUUUACUGCGUGGGCGGAGAAGUGGAAGGCACGGUUAGAGGAGGUAAGAAGGGGAUGA